CUCUCUGCUGUGCUGUGCACACACAGCUUUCACUUCACACACGGGGUGGAGGGAGGGAGGGAUGUCAUGAAGUCAAGUGAAGUGGAGUGCACUGACUCAUCUACCGAAAGCUCUUCAGUCUACAAAGGCCCUCACUGAUGUCCACGCACUGCCAACCCUCUCACAAGCCAGUCACCGCCAGCUCAUCCCGGUCAAACACAAGGCUCAUCUUCACAUGCACCCGCCUCGCCGUCCGCGGAUUCUCAACAAACACACGCACAACAUGUCCCAGCAGAUCAAACAGCGCCGUGCACAGGGUGUACCCAGAGUCUGGCCCUUUCGCCGUCCGGUAGAUCGGGUAGCUCCCUUCUGUGUCGCCCAGAACGUCCAGCAGGUCGCCCGCACUCGUAGGGCUGGGCAGCUCGUGAGCCCUCCUCUCCCUUGCUUUGCUCGACCUGAUGGCUGACGGGAUCUGCGGCACAUCCACCAGGUAAUCGUACUUGUUUGCCCUGAAGAAGGCACCGUCAACCACAUGGUGGCUGUGGAAGAGGUUGGGCCCCUUGCCGUCGAGGGAAGGCGCCACCUCCACCGAGAUGAUGGUCGGCCGGUCUUGCCCGAUAGAGAAGACGUUGUACCCAUGCCCGGUGGCCAUUCGUCGGCCGCUGAUAAUGGCCAUGGCCUCGUCGAGCGAUCCAGCCUCCAGCAGUUCGCGAGAGAUGAAAUUCCUGCCGAUGGCGCCUGUCUGGGUGUAGUCGGGGUACAGCCCAUUGAGUGUGAAGCCAACACCGUGGUCGUUCCAGCCAAAGCCAACGGUCGGCAGCUCUCCUGGGUAGACGAAAGCCGAGAAUCUGCUGGCCCGGGUGACACCGUCGCCGUACAUGGAGGCUGUGAGAAGGAAUGCGCGGUUCCUGGCGGCGAGGUCACCGUCCUCAUUGUGGGCGACCCAUGCGUGUUUGCCCUGCUCCUUGAGCAAGUAGUCAGAGCAGUCCUCAAUGACAGCUGGCGGCUGAAUGCCGUGAGCAUCGUGAUUGCCAGAGGCGGCCAUCAAGACGGAUAGCUCGUUACGCAGGUUGAGAAUGAACAGAUCCUGACAUCAACAGACACACACACACACACAUGGAACACCCUGCACUGUGUGCUGUGUUGCCCCUGUACCAUGAAGGCGACUCUCGCUCCCUCGGCUGUGGCUCGGAUCUCCUCGAUGUACUGAGGAUAGGCUGUCUUGUGCGUCUGCAGGAACUCAUCCACAAUGCGCGCGCCCUCCGAGGUGGCUGCGAACAGCCGCAGCUGAUGGAAAGACGAAAGCUCCUUUAACCGAGCCCUGAUCUGCUCGUCAAAUGUCGUCCCGAUGGCCAUGCCGACUUCUGUGUGGUUCCCGUGGGCAAAGAGGGAGGGCAGGAUGCCGAGCGAAGCGGCUCCGGUCGUCAUCGUCCAGAUUGCAGCGAAAAGAGAGAUUGCAAGGGGUCGCAGACGCUCACAACAACAAGGCGGCGACGCCAUCAACGCCUGAGAAAGCUGUGGCGGGGAG